UAUCAGUGAGUGUUAUCAGCUAACUUGAGAGUCAAGAGGAGACUUAACCGGUUCUACAUGUAUUGCUACUGUUCCGUCGGCUUCUACGGAUCAAACAGUAACUCCGGGGAUAGAUGAACGACGUUGAUAUGGCGUCGCAGGACACGAAGUGAUCGGAGGGCACAUACUUCGAUGGGUACAUGUUCUGUAUAUUUUCUCAGUUGAGUGUUUACUGGUUGGUACUGAACACAAAUUAUCACUUUUGAUCACCGUACGAUGUCUGUUGAGACCAUGUUGUCUGAGAGUGUUCGAGAUGAGGAGUCCUUCACUGCACGGGUGUCUCGACACAGACGACUAGCUGACGUCAGACGUGGAGCUGGUUACACGCGGACCGUGGACAGUUUGGCGGACAGGCAAUGGAACGCUCAUGCAGGCCGCCCAAUGGCUGAGAACCCCAAAGUUAAAAAUGUUCUACAACUUCACAGUCGAACUGUACAUAAAGAUCCCCUAAAUGUUGCUUUGUCACGAGCGAAGUUACAAGGUUCUCCGGACAAUUCUUCACAGCCCUUCAACCCUUGGGGCGCAAGCAGCCUCGAAUUUGACAAAAAGCUAACGCCGGACACCAAGGUGAACGUGGGACUUCCUAAACGUGGUGUUAUGAUGAGUAGGGUUGCCGGAAGUCAACGAGAUAGACCUUUCAGGACCAAUACGAACUUCAGAUCUCGCAACGGAACGAUUAGAAUCAUCGAACCUUUACACCCGCUACCACCAAGGGACCAACGGCUGAAGCAGGUUUCCGAGUUCGAUCCUGAAGCAGUUGAACGUGAGAAAACGUACCUGAUGUUGAGGCGGAUUGACCAAAUUUUGCACCCUGCCAAGAUGUUUUUCAGGAGUGAGGCCAGCACCUCGGAAAUUGAAAUAGUUUCUCAGGACGGUGAUAGUAUGGGAGGCAGGGUGAGUAGAACCGACCGGGUUUCUUUCCCAAAACCAAAACGUGGACACCUUGGUGAGAGACUAGUCGAUAGGAAAGCAGGACGGAGGGCACAGAAGCAGGGUGAUAGGCGGUACAGCUUCUCUCUGUCUUCUGUCAUUGACAAGUUAGAGAAGAGUGAGUUGGAUGCUUAUAGGAAGUGCCAGAUCUGGGUUGACAGGUGCUCGACAUACCCUCGUUAAACUGUCUGUGUGUAACGUUUAUUUACGGAAGUCAACAUGCACAUGUGAUCGUGUCGGAGUCCCGUCUGUUGUGAGACUGAUGACGUUGGUAAUGAAGAUGACAAUGACUACGACGACGACAACAGCACCAACGAUGACGAUGAUGAUGAUGAUGAUGACGAUGAUGAUGCACUAGAUUCCAUCCCCCAAGCGAAACCGUUAUGGCCCCGGUCAAUGGAUCUGUGUUCAUUAUGAUCCCGAUCAAUGGAUCAGUGUUUAUUAAUAUCCCGGUCAAUGGAUCAGUGUUUAUUAAUAUCCCGGUCAAUGGAUCAGUGUUUAUUAAUAUCCCGGUCAAUGGAUCAGUGUUUAUUAAUAUCCCGGUCAAUGGAUCAGUGUUUAUUAUUAUCCCGGUCAAUGGAUCAGUGUUUAAUAAUAUCCCGGUCAAUGGAUCAGUGUUUAAUAAUAUCCCGGUCAAUGGAUCAGUAAUCAUUAUGAUUCCGGUCAAUGGAUCAGGGUUUUCAUUCUCAGCUCCCGGAGGAGUAUACAACCCAAGCUGCCUGUCAGGUGCUACAAGGUUAAAUGUCACAUUACCAUGUCAUUCUACCGGGUACCCAUUUACUGCUGGUGAAGAGAGGCGUAUUUCGAAUUUUGCCUGCACAUUGCAUAUUAUGCAUUAUACAGUAUACCAAGUGCAAUAUACUGUAUAUCACAGGUGAUACCUGCCUAUAUAAGGACACACCAAAUGUAACAGGUGGCAAGUUAAUCUUGCAAUGCAGCUUUUCACACUGAACGUGUAAUGUAGAAAUGUUUUGUGCUUAUC